AUGGAAGAAGUUCAUCCUAUCUUUGAUUUAUUUGAAAAAGCUAAUACACCAUUAACUAAAGCAACUUUACUUUCUAUUGAAACAACGAUUCAAUCAAAAAAAUUAGAAAUUAAUAACAUGACAGUAUACUCAUUAUUAGUUGAAUUAAUUAAUCAGUCAUUACCUUCACCACAAUCAGUCAAAACAUUUGAAUUACAAAUUCAAUUUUUACUUCAAAUAAUUGAAAAAAUUCCAAAACCUAUAAUUGCUAAUGAUUUAAAUAGAAUUUUGCCAUUAAUUAAUGGAGUUCAAUUAUACUAUAAAGAAAAUAUAAGAAAUGUUAAAUAUUUAUUUAAAAUAUAUUCUUCGAUUAUUCCUAAAAUUCCAAAAAGUUCAUAUGAACAAUUAAAUACUCAUAUGACUGAUUUAUUCGAAUCAUUAGAAACAGUUCCAGAUAAUUGUGAAACUACUUAUGGUCAAUGUAUUAUUACUUUAAUUUCAGAACCUUCUUUUAAAUCUUCAUUUGGAAAGAAAUUAGUUAGUACUCUUUUAAAAAAGUUAUCAAGUAAAAGUACUCCUAUUGUUGCUAAAGCUUUACAUCUCAUUUCUCGUCUUCUUUCAAAAUUAUCAGGAAAAUUAGCUAAUUCAUUAAUUAAUAAAUUAACAGAAUUAUCUACUACUGCAGUUGAAACUCCAUUGUUAGUUGCUUUGUAUAAAAGCUAUACUUCUGCUUUAAUAAAUAAAAUGGAACCCAAAGUCGUAGAAGCUAUUUCUAAUUCACUUAUAAAUCAUCCACCAACAUCAUUUGAUAUUCAGUCAUCAAUUGCUUAUUCAACCACAUUAUUUAAUCUUCCCAUUGCAAUUUCAAAGUAUAAUACUCAAUUAGCAUGUGAAACACUUGAAACAUGUAUUAGAAUUGUUGGAAAAUAUUAUCUUGAUGCAGGAGAGAAUGCAAAGCAAUAUACUGAUUUAUUAGGUAACAUAUUAACAAGAGCAUUUACAGAACCAUUUGUAUCAAUAGAACCAAGUCCAGUGAAAUAUGUUAUUUCAUAUGUUGUAGAAACUUUAUUUAAUAAAAAGAAUCAUUUAUUAUUUGAAGAAACAUUAAAAAUAGCUAAAAAGAUAUUUAUUCAUGGAAAACCUAAUUUUAUAAAUCAAUUUGCUCCUUUAUUAACUUUAAUGAAUAAGUUUUAUGAAAACACUGCUAUUAGAGAAUCUGUUGAAAAAUGUUUAAUUUCAUCAUUUGAACAUUUAGGUGUUAAAUGUGUAUUAGAAAUUCUUCCAUUAAAUUUAGAUGUGUCCAUUGUUCAAAGAGGAAAUGAUGGUAAUCUUAUUAACCAUAGUUAUCUUAUUUCGAUUUUAUUAAAGUGCCAUUUAAGAGAAGAAUUAAAAUUUUAUUAUUCAUUAUAUCAAACUUGUAUUCCAAUGAUUAAUAAAUUAAUUGCUAAAUCUGUUGAAUUAAAUACUCAAGUAGAAACUAAAAAUUUACAAAUAAUUAAAAAUCAUUUUAUUUCAUUACUUCUUGUAUUUAUGAAUGAUCCAACUGAUUAUGAAUAUUUCCCAGAAAUGAUUGAUCUUAUUAUUGAAUAUUUAAAUGAUGAAGAAAGAACUAAAUUAGGAUGUGAUAUAAUUAAUAGAGCUAUUCUUCAUCAUAUUAAACAACCAGAAGUUAUUCAAAAAAUGUCUCAAAAAUUGGUACUAACAUUAUUUAAUGUAUUAUCAAAAAAAACUACAGUUCUUCAACAAAAACCAAUAUUAAAAUGUAUUGAAAAUAUAUUAAAACAAACACAAGGAGAAAUGGCAAAUAUUUUAUUUAAAAAUGUUAUUGUACAAAUUAUUAAACAUAAAGAAAUACUUGAAAAUGAUAUUACUAUUAUUCGUACCGUUGGGCUUAUUAAUUUAAGUAUUUUAUUUAUUCCUGCUUUAAAUGAAUCUUCUAUAGAAAUUUAUUUAAAUGCUCUUGUUCCAAUGUUAACUGUUAGUAUUCAAAGAAUUGUAAAAUCUACAUUAAAAGCAUUAGCUGAACUUACUAGAUUACAAGGAACUUAUAUGUUUAAUAAACAUCGAAUUGAUAUUGAAACAUGGUUCGUUAUGGGAACAUAUAAUGAUAAAGUAUAUGAACGUGCAAUUCUUAGAGGUUAUUUUGUUUAUUUAGGUGUUAUUAAAUCAUUAAGUAGAAACGAAUUAAAUCAAAAAGCUGUUGAAUUCCUUGCUUUAGUUAUUCGAUUAACAAAAGAAAAUAAUAGAAAAACAAGAGAAGAAUCAUUUGAAAUGAUUGAUAAAAUGGGUAUAUUAUAUGAUGGAAAUUAUAGUAAAGUACUUGAAAUGAUUUGUGCAUUUAUUGGAGAGGAUCCUCAUAUUGCAUCAUGUGCAUUCAUUGCAUUAGGAAGAUUUUUAAUUAAAGGAUAUGACCAUUUGUCUGAAAAUACUAAGAAAGUAGUAUUUGAUAUUUGUAUUAAUAAAUUAAGUAAAUCAAGAGAAGAGAAUAAAAGUAUUAUUAGUACUAUUAAAGCAUUAUUAAAACUUGAUAACGAUAUGUUUAAAGAACGUAUGCCUGAUAUAUUAAAUGCAUUUGGUAAAUUAAAUGAAGAUAAUAGAAGAUAUUAUCGUAUGGAAAUUAAACAAUUUAUUGAAAAAUUAAUUAGAAAGUUUGGAGAAGAUACUGUAGAAGAAGGAGUUGUUGGAGUUGGAAAAGAAUUAAUUCAAAUGGCAAAGAAAUAUAGAAAAGAUAAAAAGAGAAGAGAAAGAAAAGAAAAGGAACGUGGAAAAAGUAUAAAAGGAAAGAAUGAAGAUAAUGAAGAAGAUAUUAUUGAAGGAUAUGAAAGUGAAGAUGAAAAUGAAGAAAAAGAUGAAAGAAAGAGAAUGAUAGAAUCAGAAGAUGUUGACUUAUUACAAAUGAAGUUUAUAAAAGAAACUGCACCAAAGAAAAUGAGAAAAAUUGGAGAAACUGACUUCCCAGUUGAUGCUGAAGGUAAGUUAGUAGUUAAUGAAGAAGAGCAAAAUAAAAGUGAAGAAGAUGUUGAAGAAGAACAAAAUGAAGAUGGAAUGGAAAAAGAAAAGAAAGUAGUUGAACAAAAAACACCCAAAACAAGAACCUUUGAAAGAAAGUUGUUAAAAAAGAAACUUGAACAAAGUGAAAGAAAGAAAAAAAUUAAUGAUGAAGUUGGAAAGAGGUUUAAAGCUAAGAAAGCUCAAGGAGAUGUUAUGAAGAAUGGAGUACAGCCAUAUGCCUAUGUUCCAUUAAAACGAUCAACAAAGAAAACUAAAUUAGAAACAGAAACAGCUUUUAAAACAUUAAUGAAAAAAGAUAAAGGAACAGUCAGUCUAAAAAAACCAAUUAGACUUUCAAGAAAAAGAACAAUAAAGAAAUAA